AUGUCAUUCAAGCUAGUAACAACAGUCCUAGCCUCUUUUGUAGUUCAUAUAGCUGCUAGUGCUUCAUCACCUAAUGAUGUUGGAUUCAUCUAUCAAGGAUUUAGGUCCUCGAAUCUAAGCCUUGAUGGAUUAGCCGAAGUCACCAAAAGUGGCCUCCUACAAGUAACCAAUUUUACCAAAUCACAAAUGGGGCAUGCCUUCUUUCCUAAUCCCAUCAAUUUCAAGAACAAUUCUAAUAGUUCAGCUUUCUCCUUUUCCACCCACUUUGUGUUUGCUAUCGUGCCUGAAGUCUCUGGCCGAAGUGGACAUGGAUUAGCUUUCGUGAUUGCACCAACAAGAGGCCUUCCAGGAGGGCUUGCCACAAUAUUCCUUGGCCUCUUGAACAUAAGCACCAAUGGAAAUGCAGAUAAUCACGUUUUCGCAGUGGAGCUUGACACCGUCCAAAAUGAGGAAUUCAACGAUAUCAAUGACAACCAUGUUGGAAUUGACAUAAACUCCUUGAAUUCUACGGUAUCCAAGCCAGCAGGUUACCAUGAACAUGAGAAGAAUUCAUUCGAUAACUUAACUCUUGGUAGCUCUCAGCUGAUGCAACUUUGGGUGGAAUACGAUGGGGUGGAUAAGAGAAUCGAUGUUACAUUAGCUCCAAGUAAGGCUGUGAAACCGAAUACUCCUCUUUUGUCUUUGUCUUAUGAUCUUUCAUCACUCGUGCAGCAAACCAUGUAUGUUGGCUUUUCUGCAUCUACUGGUAUAUUGGCAGCAGGAACAGCUCAUUUUGUGCUGGGAUGGAGCUUCAAGAUGAAUGGUAUUGCGCAAGCCCUAGAUCUCUCCCGGCUUCCCAAGCUACCUAGACUUCACUCCAAGAAAGUCUCCAAAUUUUUUACCUUGGGACUGCCGCAAAUUUGCAUAUUUUUGCUGUUAAUUGUAAUAUUCGGAGUUGCUUAUUAUCUGAGGAGGAAGCGGAAAUUUGCAGAAGUGCUGGAAGACUGGGAGCUUGCUUACGGACCGCACAGGAUCAAGUAUAAAGAUUUGUAUAUUGCCACCAAAGGUUUUAGAGAGAAGGAGCUAUUGGGGGAAGGGGGAUUUGGCCAGGUCUACAAAGGAGUAUUGCCAGCAAACAACAUGGAAGUUGCUGUCAAGAAGGUAUCGCAUCAAACAAGACAGGGAAUGAGAGAAUUUAUUGCAGAAAUCGUUAGUAUUGGACGUUUACGCCACCGGAAUUUAGUACCGCUAUUGGGCUAUUGUCGGCGUAAAGGAGAGCUACUUUUAGUAUAUGAAUUCAUGUCCAGUGGUAGUCUGGACAGCUAUCUGUACAACCAACCAAAGUCUACCCUCAACUGGAGCCAACGAUUGCGAAUCAUCAAAGGUGUAGCGUCUGGAUUAUUCUAUCUACACGAAGAAUGGGAGCAAAUGGUGAUUCAUAGAGAUGUAAAAGCUAGUAAUGUAUUGUUAGAUUCUGAACUGAAUGGAAGACUAGGAGAUUUCGGCCUCGCAAGGCUAUAUGAUCAUGGAAGUCUCCCUCGAACCACCCACGUAGUUGGAACUAUCGGGUACCUUGCCCCAGAGCAAAGUCGAACGGGGAAGGCCACAACGAGCACUGAUGUAUACGCUUUUGGGGCCUUUUUGCUUGAGGUUAUCUGUGGAAGGAGGCCAAUAGAUCCAGAAGCACCAGCAGAGAAGGUUGUUUUGGUUGAUUGGGUAGAUUCAUGCUGGAGGGCAGGUGAUAUUUUCCAGGUAGUUGAUCAAAAUUUGAGUACCCUAUACGUGGAGGAGGAAGCAGAAUUGGUGCUGAAACUGGGCUUGUUGUGCUCUCAUUCAGAACCGAGGACUAGGCCGAGUAUGCGGCAAGUUCUGUUGUACUUGGAGAGAUCAGCUGCGCUGCCGGAGUUUUCACCUCUGGGCAUUUCUGCUACUGGUUUUGGCUUCGAUGAUAUUACCAUGUCAUUGUCAUUUUCUGAAGAAAAGGGUCGUUCACCUUCUCUAACAGAAUCUGUUCUGUCAUGUGGUCGGUAA